AUGGUUCAAAAAGGCCUUUUCAUCAACAAUGAAUACAUCGACUCCACCUCCACUGAAACCCUCUCAAUCCACUCCCCUCACGACGAAUCCCUGGUUCUAGAUGGCGUUCAAGUUGCCUCCCUAGCCGACGUAGACACAGCCGUCGCAGCAGCCCGAGCCGCAUACGAAGGCGAAUGGUCCAAAUGGACAGCCAAGCAGCGCAUGCAAGUCAUGUACCGUUUUGCCGACUUGAUCGACAAGCACACCAUAGACCUGUGUGCGUGGGAGGCAAAGAGUAUGGGCCAGCCGGUCAUGAUUACGCAGUGGAUGUACAAGAUUGCAUCGGAUUAUUUCAGGUACAUGGCGGGGUGGACGGACAAGGUGCCUGGAGAGCAGUGGCCGGAGGUUGAUGGAAUUUACAAGAUUGUUGAGUAUGAGCCUGUUGGAGUGUGUGCGGGUAUCGGAGCCUGGAAUGGUGCUAUGAUGUUUUUUGCGCUCAAGGUCGCGCCCGCUGUGGCUACUGGGUGCACAAUUGUUUACAAGGGGUCUGAGAAGACUCCUAUUGGACUCAUUCAAGUAGGCGAGCUGGUCAAGGAAGCCGGCUUUCCACCGGGUGUCAUCAACAUCAUUACGGGAGACGGAAAAGUGGGCGCUGCUAUGGCCAGUCACAUGGACAUUGACAAGAUCGGCUUUACUGGUUCCGUAUUUGCAGGCAAAAAGUUCCAGGAGCUCGCGGCUCAGAGCAACCUCAAGCGUGUCACGCUCGAACUUGGUGGAAAAUCACCAUCACUCAUCUUUGCAGAUGCAGACAUGGAAAACGCCCUUCAGCACCACAGCCAAAACUUUCUCAUGAACAGCGGCCAGGCUUGCGUCGCAGCCAGUCGUACCUUUGUGCAAGAAGACAUUGUUGACGAUUUCAUUGCACAGCUCAAGAUCCGUUUCGAGCAACUCAGCAACAUCAUGGGACACCCAGAGCAGCAGGGUAUCAUGUACGGCCCACUGGCUGACAGCAAGCAAUUCGAACGUGUGAUGGAAUUUAUCGAGAUCGGCAAGAAAGAAGCGUCACUAGUCACUGGCGGAGUACGAAAAGGCACUAGCGGGUUUUAUAUCGAGCCGACCAUUUUCCUCAACCCAGGCGAUGAUGCUCGCAUCUAUCGCGAAGAGAUCUUUGGGCCAGUCAUCAGUAUCCGCACAUUCAAGACGGAGGAAGAGGCGAUUCGUAUGGCAAACGAUACCAACUAUGGCCUGUCUGCUUGCGUGUUCACAGCCUCUACGCCGCGGGCACUGCGGAUAGCCAAGAAGAUUCGAUCAGGCAUGGUGAAUAUCAAUACAUCGCAGCAUGCGGGUCUUGAGGCGCCCAUGGGUGGCUCCAAGCAGAGUGGGCUUGGGAGAGAGGGUGGAAAGAUGGGUGUGAUGAGUUAUCUGGAGGCAAAGACCAUCUGUAUAAAUAUGAAUAUGUGA